AUGAAGUGGCGAAAGAAUCAAUUGACACAACAACAAAAAGAAGAGCAACAACAGCAAAAUAUCACUAUGACCAAAGAGGAGAGUUCCUUCGAUGACACAGCGACGUCGUCUGACAACAACCUUUCUUCCGAAGAAACAACAACAAGGCCAAACAUUGUGAUAACCGGGGCAGGGAUUGUGGGUUUGGUGCUGGCCUUGGCGAUAAAGAAAAACGUGGGUGUCACCCCUGAAAUCUAUGAGCAAUCGGGUGCCUUUGACGAUGGAGUUGGCAACGGAAUUGGCAUGUAUCCCAAUGGACUUCGUGUCAUUCGGUCCAUCUCCCCAGAUCUGCUAAAGAAAAUACAACAAGCGGGAUACCCAUACUUGAUCCGAAGAUGGGAGAAACACGAUGGAACAGAAAUCGCAACGGCAUCGGAAUCAGCUCUGACAGAUGACGAAGAGUUGCAGCCGCUUGGGAUUCGAAGAUGGAAACUACAAAAGAUUCUUUUUGACGAAGCAGUAAAGCAAGGAAUCCCCAUUUAUUUCCGAAAAAAGGUGGUCGGCAUUGAAACAACAACCGGCAAUCAGAAUACAAUUUCCUUUGACGACAAUAGCAAAUGUCAAGCGUCGUUGGUCUUGGCAGCAGAUGGUGCCAACUCACCCAUUCGUAAUCAAAUGCUCGACAAACUACGAAAAGAGCAAGAUCCCAACGACCCCGAUGCCGAACCCAUUUCGGAAUUGGUUUAUACCGGCACCACUUGCCUGUAUGGGACUGCCAAGAUUCCUCGCGCCGAGCGAGGGAUUUGCUUUCCCAGCUCGCUCACGACCAAGUGUCACGGUUGCUUUUAUCCCACCGGGCCCGACGAGCAAUGUUUUCAGUUUCACAUACCCACGGACCCUCAAAAAUACAGCAUGGCUGCUGGUUGGAGGGCCUUGCAACACGGAUUGGACAAGGCCGAGUGUCAUGAAUUGGCACAAGAUUUGGAACUGGAUGGAUGGGAUCACAAGUAUUUGGAACCCUUGUUCCAAGUCGAACAGGCCAUCAAGGUGCCCUUUUUCGUAUUGAAUCCUCCUUUGAAAAGCUUUAGCUAUGGCCGCAUUGCCUUGGUGGGCGAUUCGGCGCAUCCACCCGUGCCUUAUUUGGGACAAGGUGCCCAGCAAGGCUUAGAGGACGCCGGAACUCUUAGUUUGAUUUUGAAGGACAUGUGCAUGGAUAGAUAUGGAGUUUUGAAUAUGAUCCAUGUGGACGAAGCAUUGAAAACCUACAGUAGCAUUCGGGUGCCACGGACAACGGAAAUCUUGAAUAAUUCUCAUCGUUGGGGAGGAGUCCAACAACUCCGGGCCGAUAGCGAGCGACUGGGAAAAGCAAAGGAAGAAAACAUUCGACGGGAUGUCUUUUUCCAUGAAUCCAUCCAACAAAUCUUGCCCGGAGUAUCCUACAAUUACGAAGAGGACGUGGCCAAUAUUCUCAAGAAGAAGCCAUUACUCUCUGUGCCGGAAGCGACCGUGUGGUGUUAG